CGUUUGGAACGCGUGCAACCAUGGCCGAAGGGGGAGAAGGCGAGGACGAAAUCCAGUUCUUGCGAACUGAUGAUGAAGUGGUGCUCCAGUGUUCUGCCACCAUCCAUAAAGAGCAACAGAAACUCUGUUUAGCUGCUGAAGGAUUUGGAAACAGACUUUGCUUCCUGGAAUCCACUUCAAAUUCAAAGAAUGUCCCUCCGGAUCUUUCAAUUUGCACAUUUGUGCUCGAGCAGUCUCUCUCGGUGCGAGCCCUUCAGGAAAUGCUGGCCAACACCGAGGAAAAAGCUGAAGGGAAAUUUAUGAUGAAGACUGCACAAGGAGGAGGUCAUCGAACACUUCUCUAUGGACAUGCUGUAUUACUCAGGCAUUCUUACAGUGGAAUGUAUCUUUGUUGUUUGUCCACCUCACGCUCUUCAACUGACAAACUGGCUUUCGAUGUAGGACUACAAGAAGAUACAACAGGUGAGGCCUGCUGGUGGACUAUUCACCCUGCCUCCAAGCAAAGGUCAGAAGGUGAAAAAGUACGAGUGGGUGAUGACCUUAUCCUAGUCAGUGUUUCCUCGGAAAGAUAUCUGCAUUUAUCUUAUGGGAACAGCAGUUUGCAUGUUGAUGCUGCCUUUCAGCAAACUCUCUGGAGUGUGGCACCGAUUUGUUCUGGAAGUGAAGUUGCACAAGGGUUCCUUAUUGGUGGUGAUGUUUUACGGUUAUUACAUGGGCAUAUGGAUGAAUGCUUGACCGUGCCUUCAGGGGAGCAUGGGGAAGAUCAGCGAAGAUCAGUCCAUUAUGAAGGUGGAGCAGUAGCCAUCCAUGCAAGAUCAUUGUGGAGACUGGAAACUCUACGAGUUGCAUGGAGUGGCAGUCAUAUACGAUGGGGACAACCCUUUAGACUGCGACAUGUCACAACUGGAAAGUAUCUAAGUCUGACUGAAGACAAAGGUCUUCUGCUUAUGGACAAAGAAAAAGCAGAUGUGAAAUCCACUGCAUUCUGUUUUCGGUCUUCCAAGGAAAAGCUAGAUUCAGGAAUAAAGAAAGAAGUUGAUGGAAUGGGUGUUCCAGAGAUAAAGUAUGGUGAUUCAGUAUGCUAUAUUCAGCAUGUGGAAACUUGUCUGUGGCUCAGUUAUCAGUCUGUUGAUGCAAAAUCCGCACGGAUGGGAGCUAUUCAACGCAAGGCCAUAAUGCACCAUGAAGGCCACAUGGAUGAUGGGUUAACACUGUCACGUUCUCAACAUGAAGAGUCUCGUACAGCACGGGUUAUUCGCAGCACUGUCUUCCUAUUUAACAGAUUCAUCAGGGGUCUUGAUACCUUGAGCAAAAAGGGCAAAUCAUGCUGCUUAGAUUUGCCAAUCGAGUCUGUGAAUUUGAGCCUACAAGAUUUAAUAGGCUAUUUUCAGCCACCUGAUGAGCAUCUAGAACAUGAAGAUAAACAAAACCGUCUUCGGGCAUUAAAGAACCGUCAAAAUCUCUUCCAGGAAGAGGGUAUGAUAAACCUGGUUCUUGAAUGUAUUGACCGGUUACAUGUGUAUAGCAGUGCAGCACACUUUGCUGAUGUGGCUGGAAAAGAAGCAGGGGAAGCCUGGAAGUCUAUACUAAACUCAUUAUAUGAGUUAUUAGCUGCGCUGAUAAGAGGAAACAGGAAAAACUGUGCCCAAUUUUCAGGUUCCUUGGACUGGCUGAUUAGCAGGCUAGAGCGAUUAGAAGCAUCUUCUGGUAUUUUAGAAGUUUUACACUGUGUCCUUGUUGAAAGCCCAGAAGCCCUUAAUAUUAUCAAAGAAGGGCAUAUCAAGUCUAUCAUUUCUCUCUUAGAUAAACAUGGAAGAAACCAUAAGGUUCUGGAUGUGCUAUGUUCCUUGUGUGUAUGUCAUGGUGUAGCUGUUAGAUCUAAUCAAAACCUCAUAUGUGACAACUUACUUCCUGGAAGAGAUCUUCUACUACAGACACGCCUUGUCAACCAUGUGAGCAGUAUUCGACCUAAUAUUUUUCUGGGCAUUAGUGAUGGCUCGGCACAGUACCGAAAGUGGUACUAUGAGCUAAUUGUGGAUCAUAUAGAAUCCUUCGUAAUGGCGGAAUCAACUCAUCUUCGUGUCGGCUGGGCAUCUGCAGAUGGGUAUUUUCCAUACCCAGGUGGUGGUGAAGGAUGGGGAGGAAAUGGUGUUGGAGAUGACCUGUAUUCAUAUGGGUUCGAUGGUUUACAUCUAUGGUCAGGCUGCAUUGCUCGGUCAGUAAAUUCACCUAAUCAGCAUUUACUGAGAGAUGAUGAUGUGGUCAGCUGUUGCCUCGAUCUGAGUGCUCCAAGCAUCUCUUUCAGAAUCAACGGCCAACCUGUUCAAGGCAUGUUUGAGAAUUUCAACGCCGAAGGCUUCUUCUUUCCAGCAGUUAGCUUCUCCGCCGGAGUAAAAGCCCGUUUCCUUCUAGGUGGUCGCCACGGGGAGUUCAAGUUCCUUCCACCACCAGGCUAUGCUCCCUGUUUCGAAGCUCUUUUGCCCAGAGAGAAAAUGAGGUUGGAGCCUAGUAGAGAAUAUAAACAAGAUCAUGGCACAACCCGAGACUUGUUGGGACCAACAAUUUCCCUUAAUCAAGCUGCAUUCACACCAAUGCCUGUUGACACAAGUCAGAUUGUGUUGCCACCUCACUUGGAACGUAUAAGAGAAAAGCUUGCAGAAAAUAUCCAUGAACUUUGGGUCAUGAACAAGAUUGAGCUUGGCUGGACAUAUGGACUGGUAAGAGAUGAUAAUAAACGGCAACAUCCAUGUCUGGUGGAGUUUUCCAAGUUGCCAGAGCAAGAGUGUAAUUACAAUUUACAGAUGUCACUUGAAACUUUAAAGACGUUGCUAGCUUUGGGAUGUCAUGUAGGAAUUGCUGAUGAUCAUGCAGAAGAAAAAGUAAUAAGACUCAAUCUUCCCUCAAGUUAUGAGCUGACAGGUGGAUACAAGCCAGCACCCAUGGAUCUUAGCCAUAUUAAGCUGACUUCGACCCAGGAGGCUAUGGUGGACAAGCUGGCAGAAAAUGCACACAAUGUCUGGGCUCGAGAUCGCAUUCGGCAAGGUUGGACUUAUGGAAUUCAACAGGACAUCAAGAACAAAAGAAACCCUAGGCUUGUUCCAUAUGCUUUGCUGGAUGAACGAACAAAAAAAUCCAAUAAAGAUAGUCUUCGAGAAGCAGUCCGCACUCUGUUGGGUUAUGGCUACAAUUUGGAGGCUCCAGAUCAAGACCAUGCUGCAAGGUCAGAUACCUGCAACGUUUCUGCUGAGCGCUUCCGGAUUUUCAGAGCUGAGAAGACAUACGCAGUGAAAGCUGGGAAAUGGUACUUUGAGUUUGAAGCAGUGACUGCUGGAGAAAAGCGCAUUGGUUGGUCAAGACCUGGCUGUUUACCAGAUAAGGAACUGGGGUCAGAUGAUCAGGCCUUUGUUUUUGAUGGCUUUAAAGCUCAGAGAUGGCACCAAGGAAAUGAGCAUUUUGGCCGUUCCUGGCAGGCUGGGGAUGUUGUGGGCUGUAUGGUAGACUUAAACGAGCAUACCAUAAUAUUUACCCUGAAUGGUGAAGUCCUUCUUGAUGACUCCGGAUCAGAGCUUGCCUUCAAGGACUUUGAAAUUGGUGAAGGGUUUAUUCCUGUCUGUAGCCUGGGAGUUUCAGAGAUUGGGAGAAUGAAUUUUGGCAAGAAUGUUGGCACAUUAAAGUAUUUCACCAUAUGUGGGUUACAGGAAGGUUAUGAACCAUUUGCUGUGAACAUGAACAGGGACAUUACCAUGUGGAUGAGUAAGCGGCUGCCACAGUUCACUCCUGUUCCUUCAAGGCACGAGCACAUUGAGGUCACAAGGAUAGAUGGGACAAUUGAUAGUCCUCCAUGUUUAAAAGUGAUUCAGAGAUCAUUUGGAUCACAAAACAGCAACACCGAUAUUGUAUUUUAUCGCUUAAGUAUGCCUGUUGAAUGUGCAGAGGGGUAUUCAAGGACACCGGGCAGUAGUUUGCCCCCAAGCAGCAGCUACAUUUCACCAAAGAAAGAUCUUGAAGAUUUUGAAUCUGAUUCUGACUUUGAAGUUCUUAUGAAAACUGCACAUGGGCACUUGAAUUCCAAUGGACCAGAGAAGGAAAAGGACAGCAUAAAGGAUGAAUUCAACAACCAUAAAGACUAUACACAGGAGAAACCUUCUAGACUUAAACAGAGGUUUAUGUUGAAAAGAACAAAGCCAGACUACAACAUAAAUCACUCUUCAGCCCGCCUCUCAGAAGAAGUGUUAGCCGAUGACAGAGACGACUAUGAAUACCUGAUGCAGACAUCAAUCUAUUACUACUCAGUUAGAAUAUUUCCUGGUCAGGAACCUACCAAUGUGUGGGUUGGAUGGGUUACUUCUGACUUUCACCAGCAUGACACAUCCUUUGAAAUGGAGAAGGUUCGCACAGUGACUGUUACACUUGGAGAUGAAAAAGGAAAGGUCCAUGAAAGCAUUAAACGUAGUAACUGCUACAUGGUGUGGGCAGGAGAAAGUACAAGCCCAGGACAAGGUCGCAACAAUAAUGGAUUGGAAAUAGGCUGCCUAGUGGAUACUGCCAGUGGCUUGCUAACAUUUACAACCAAUGGGAAAGAGAUAAGCACUUACUACCAGGUGGAGCCCAGCACAAAACUGUUUCCUGCUGUUUUUGCCCAAGCUACAAGUCCUAAUGUUUUUCAGUUUGAACUUGGAAGAAUAAAAAAUGUCAUGCCACUGUCUGCUGCACUUUUCAAAAGUGAACGUAAAAAUGCGACACCCCAGUGUCCUCCUCGACUUCAUGUUCAAUUCUUGACCCCAGUCCUGUGGAGCCGAGUUCCAAAUGAUUUCCUAAAGGUGGAUGUUUCGAGAGUCAGUGAAAGGCAUGGUUGGCAAGUACAAUGCACAGUGCCACUUCAGUUCAUGUGCCUUCACAUUCCUGAAGAAAAUAGGUCUGUUGAUAUCCUAGAGCUCACAGAACAAGAGGAUCUAUUGAAAUUUCAUUACCACACAUUGUGCCUGUAUUCUGCUAUCUGUGCUCUUGGAAAUAACAGAGUUGCCCAUGCACUGUGCAGUCAUGUGGAUGAAGCACAGCUCCUUCAUGCUAUUGAAAAUAAAUAUAUGCCUGGUCUCCUUAGGACGGGCUACUAUGAUCUACUUAUUGACAUUCAUCUCAGUAGUUACGCUACAGCCAGACUUAUGAUGAACAAUGAAUAUAUUGUACCCAUGACAGAAGAAACCAAAAGUAUAACUUUGUUCCCAGAUGAGAAAAAAAAACAUGGGCUUCCAGGCAUAGGCCUCAGUACAUCUCUAAGACCAAGAAUGCAGUUUUCAUCUCCCAGUUUUGUGAAAAUUAAUGGAGAGUCCUUUCAGUUCAGUCCUGAGUUUCCUUUAGAAACUCUUAAGACUAAGACUAUUGAAAUGCUGACAGAAGCUGUCCAAGAAGGCAAUCUGCAUGUACGGGACCCUGUUGGGGGUAGCACAGAAUUUCUUUUUGUGCCGCUCAUCAAGCUGUUCUACACACUUCUUAUAAUGGGUGUCUUCCACAAUGGAGAUCUGAAAAACAUUCUGCGUCUGAUUGAGCCCAGUGUCUUCUCUGAAGAGGUGGUACAAGAGUAUUCUGCCAAUCCUGACUGUGAUGGCAUUAAAGGAAAAUUGAAAGCUGAAGGCUUGGGAGUACAAGGGGAAGGCAUCUCUGUAAAAGUUCCUAAAGAAGGGCUGCUUCAGAUGAAGCUACCAGAGCCGGUCAAACUUCAGAUGUGUCACCUCCUGCAGUACCUGUGUGACUGCCAAGUGCGACACAGGAUUGAGGCUGUUGUAGCAUUCUCAGAUGAUUUUGUUGCAAGCCUCCAGGAAAACCAGCGUUUCCGUUAUAAUGAAGUGAUGCAGGCUCUAAAUAUGUCUGCAGCACUAACAGCUAGGAAGACAAAAGAAUUCCGUUCCCCACCUCAGGAACAGAUUAACAUGUUGUUGAAUUUCAAAGAUGAUAAACAAGAUUGCCCAUGUCCUGAAGAUAUACGGGAACAGCUAUUAGACUUUCAUGAUGACCUAAUGACUCACUGUGGAAUUGAACUAGAUGAUGAUAGAACUAGUGAUGGAGACACAGAUUUUACAAUUAAAGGUAGACUCCUAUACUUAGUGGAGAAAGUGGCCUAUCUGAAGAGAAAAAUGUCAGAUCUACCAAAGAAGAAAAAAUUGAAAAAGCCAAGCACUCUUCAGCAAUUAAUAUCAGAAACCAUGGUGCGCUGGGCCCAGGAAUCAGUGAUUGAAGACCCAGAACUGGUCAGAGCAAUGUUUGUUCUACUUCACAGACAAUACGAUGGCAUAGGAGGUCAGGUUCGUGCUCUGCCCAAAACAUAUACCAUUAAUUCAGUAUCUGUGGAGGACACAAUAAAUCUUUUGGCUUCCUUGGGACAAAUCCGAUCACUGCUUAGUGUUCGUAUGGGGAAAGAGGAAGAGAAGCUAAUGAUACGUGGACUUGGAGAUAUUAUGAAUAACAAAGUUUUCUACCAACACCCAAAUUUAAUGAGGGCAUUGGGCAUGCAUGAGACAGUGAUGGAGGUUAUGGUAAAUGUCCUUGGUGGAGGAGAGUCAAAGGAAAUUACCUUUCCUAAGAUGGUAGCCAACUGCUGCCGUUUCCUGUGCUACUUCUGUCGUAUAAGUAGGCAGAACCAAAAGGCCAUGUUUGACCACCUCAGUUAUUUGCUUGAAAACAGCAGUGUUGGUCUCGCAUCCCCUUCCAUGAGAGGUUCCACUCCAUUGGAUGUUGCUGCUGCAUCAGUGAUGGACAACAAUGAACUUGCCUUAGCCUUGAGGGAACCAGACCUGGAGAAGGUUGUACAGUACUUGGCUGGUUGUGGUUUGCAAAGCUGUCCUAUGCUGGUAUCUAAAGGAUAUCCAGAUAUCGGCUGGAAUCCUGUAGAGGGAGAACGAUAUCUAGAUUUUCUACGUUUUGCUGUCUUCUGCAAUGGAGAAAGUGUGGAAGAAAAUGCUAAUGUAGUAGUAAGGUUACUUAUUCGGCGACCAGAAUGUUUCGGCCCAGCAUUACGUGGUGAAGGAGGAAAUGGUCUUUUGGCAGCUAUGGGAGAAGCAAUUAAGAUCUCAGAAGACCCAGCAAGAGAUGGGCCUUCUCCUACUACUGGAUCUAGUAAAACCAUUGAUGCAGUUGGUGAAGAGGAUGACACUAUUCACAUGGGAAAUGCCAUAAUGACCUUCUAUGCAGCCCUAAUUGACUUGCUUGGUCGCUGUGCCCCUGAAAUGCAUCUCAUCCAUGCUGGGAAAGGUGAAGCUAUUAGGAUACGAGCUAUUCUCCGUUCUCUGAUACCUAUAGAGGAUCUUGAAGGCGUUAUCAGCAUUCCAUUUCCAAUGCCAACAUUAGCCAAAGAUGGUACCGUGGUGGAGCCUGAUAUGUCUGCUGGUUUUUGUCCUGACCAUAAAGCAGCAAUGGUGCUGUUUUUAGAUAGAGUUUAUGGAAUUGAAGACCAAAAUUUCCUUUUGCACCUUUUGGAAGUUGGUUUUCUCCCAGACCUUCGAGCAGCUGCAUCUUUGGACACAGCUGCUCUCAGUGCCACGGAUAUGGCACUGGCUUUAAACCGUUAUCUGUGUACUGCUGUACUGCCACUGCUUACUAAGUGUGCUCCACUCUUCGCUGGUACGGAGCCUUAUGCCUCCCUCAUUGACUCCUUACUUCAUACUGUAUAUAGAUUAUCCAAAGGAUGUUGUCUUACCAAAGCACAAAGGGACUCUAUUGAGGAGUGUUUGCUGGCUGUGUGUGGGCAGCUGAGACCCUCAAUGAUGCAGCAUCUUCUCAGAAGACUGGUGUUUGAUGUUCCACUUUUGAAUGAACACACAAAAAUGCCCCUUAAGUUGUUGACAAACCAUUAUGAGCGUUGCUGGAAAUAUUAUUGUCUACCUGGAGGAUGGGGAAAUUUUGGAGCUGCAUCAGAAGAAGAACUUCAUUUAUCCAGAAAGUUAUUUUGGGGGAUUUUUGAUGCUUUGUCACAAAAGGAUAUUACAUUUUCUGUUAAACCAUUUAUAAGGACAUAUUGUGUAAAGAAGUAUGAACAAGAACUGUUUAAACUGGCACUUCCAUGCCUCAGCGCUGUAGCAGGGGCUUUGCCACCAGAUUACAUGGAGUCAAACUACGUUGCCAUGAUGGAGAAACAAUCUUCAAUGGAUGCGGAAGGAAACUUCAACCCACAACCUGUUGAUACCUCAAAUGUGCAUAUCCCAGAAAAACUGGAUUACUUCAUCAACAAAUAUGCAGAACAUUCCCAUGAGAAAUGGUCAAUGGAAAAGUUUGCAAAUGGCUGGAUUCAUGGCGAGGUUCUUUGUGAAACCAGUAAGGUCCACAAUCUGUUGAAACCAUAUAGACUGCUUACAGAGAAGGAUAAGGAGGUAUAUAGAUGGCCUAUUAAGGAGUCUUUGAAAACAAUGCUUGCUUGGGGCUGGAGCAUUGAAAGAAUACGUGAAGGGGACACUAUGAGCUUACAUAACAGAGCACGGCGGAUAUCACAGUCCAGCCAGGUUUCUGUAGAUACCAGUCAUGGUUAUAGUCCCCGACCUAUUGACAUGAGUAAUGUCACACUGCCUCGGGAGCUUUAUUCAAUGGCAGAAUUGCUUGCCGAGAACUACCACAACAUCUGGGCCAAAAAGAAAAAGCUGGAAUUGGAAACCAAAGGAGGAGGAAGUCAUCCUCUACUAGUGCCAUAUGACACCUUAACAGCCAAAGAAAAAUCCAAAGACAGAGAAAAAGCACAGGACAUCCUAAAGUUUUUUCAGCUAAACGGAUAUACUGUUUCCAGAGGUUUAAAGGAACUGGAUUUAGAUACUCCUUCGAUAGAAAAACGUUUUGCUUACAGUUUCCUUCAGCAACUCAUUAGAUACGUGGAUGAGGCCCAUCAGCGUAUGCUGGAAGUUGAUGCUGGAACUCGAACCAAAGGAGAAAAAAAUCCUCACCAGCAAGAAAUGAAGUUUUUUGGAAAGGUUGUUCUGCCCUUAGUAGAUCAGUAUUUCAAAAAUCAUCGUCUUUACUUCCUUUCCACUGCAAAUCGGCCUCCUAGCAGUGGUGGUCAUGCAUCUAACAAGGAAAAAGAGAUGGUUACCAGCCUAUUCUGCAAACUUGGAGUACUUGUGAGACAUAGGAUAUCAUUGUUUGGGAAUGAUGCAACAUCUAUAGUGAAUUGCCUUCAUAUAUUGGGCCAGACUCUGGAUGCCAGGACAGUGAUGAAGACAGGGCUUGAAUCCGUUAAGGCAGCAUUGAGGAUUUUUUUCAUAAAUGCUGCAGAAGAUUUGGAGAAGACACUGGAAAAUCUGAAACUGGGUCAGUUUGCACAUACCAGGAUGCAACCCAAAGGAGUCACCCAAAUCAUCAACUACACAACGGUUGCUCUUCUGCCAGUCUUGUCUUCUCUUUUUGAGCACAUCGGGCAAAAUCUUUUUGGAGAAGAUAUUAUAUUGGAUGAUGUUCAAGUGUCUUGCUAUAGAAUUCUUAACAGCUUGUAUGGAUUGGGUACUAGCAAAAGCAUUUAUGUGGAAAGACAGAGGCCUGCUUUGGGUGAAUGUCUCGCUGCCUUUGCAGGUGCCUUUCCUGUGUCAUUUUUGGAACCUCAUCUAAACAAAUACAAUCCUUACUCCAUCUACAAUACAAAGUCCUCAAGAGAAAGAACAGUUCUUAACUUGCCAGCCCAGGUUGAAGAUGUAUGUAUAAGCAUUCCUUUCUUGGACAAACUGCUUGAAGAAAUAAUGGACCUUGCUGAAUCUGGGGUACGAUAUACACAGAUGCCACAUGUGAUGGAGGUUAUAUUGCCAAUGCUUUGUAGUUAUAUGUCUCAUUGGUGGGAACAUGGACCUGAAAACAACCCAGACAAAAUGGACAUGUGCUGCACUGCUUUGACGUCCGAUCACAUGAAUACAUUGUUAGGAAAUAUCCUGAAAAUCAUUUACAAUAAUCUUGGUAUUGAUGAAGGUGCUUGGAUGAAACGAUUAGCAGUGUUCUCACAACCAAUCAUAAGCAAGGCACAGCCACAACUUCUCAAAACCCACUUUUUGCCACUUAUGGAGAAGCUAAAGAAAAAAGCAGCAACAGUGCUUAUAGAUGAGGAGCACCUGAAGGCAGAAGGCAGAGGAGACAUGUCUGAAGCGGAACUCCUUAUUCUUGAUGAAUUCACUAUACUAGCCCGUGACCUCUAUGCCUUUUAUCCUCUACUUAUUAGAUUUGUAGAUUAUAACAGAGCAAAGUGGCUGAAAGAGCCAAAUGCAGAGGCAGAAGAAUUAUUUCGUAUGGUUGCAGAAGUCUUCAUAUUCUGGGCAAAAUCUCAUAAUUUCAAAAGGGAGGAGCAGAACUUUGUGGUUCAGAAUGAGAUCAACAACAUGUCAUUUCUAAUUACUGAUACCAAAUCAAAAAUGUCAAAGGGUGCUGUUUUGGAUCAAGAGAGAAAAAAGUUAAAGAGAAAAGGAGACAGAUAUUCAUUGCAAACAUCUCUUAUUGUAGCUGCAUUAAAAAGGCUUCUCCCAAUUGGUUUAAAUAUAUGUGCACCUGGAGAUCAAGAAUUAAUUGCUUUGGCAAAGCAUAGGUUCAUUAUGAAGGACACAGAAGAUGAAGUCAGGGAAAUAAUUCGUAAUAACCUUCACCUACAAGGAAAACUGGAAGACCCUGCUAUUCGGUGGCAAAUGGCUCUUUAUAAAGAUUUACCAAAUAGAACAGAAGAUUCUUCAGAUCCACAGAAAACAGUGGAGCGUGUUUUAGACAUAGCAAAUGUGCUGUUUCAUCUGGAACAGGUAGAGCAUCCACAAAGGAGUAAGAAAGCUGUCUGGCAUAAGUUACUGUCCAAACAAAGAAAAAGAGCAGUUGUGGCAUGUUUUAGAAUGGCUCCAUUAUAUAAUUUACCGAGGCACCGAGCUGUAAACCUCUUUAUUCAAGGAUAUGAAAAGUCCUGGAUUGAAACAGAAGAGCAUUAUUUUGAAGACAAAUUAAUAGAAGACUUAGCGAAACCAGGAGAGGAACCUGUUGAGGAAGAUGAAGGAGUGAAGCGCAUUGAUCCAUUACACCAGCUCAUUCUCCUCUUUAGCAGGACUGCUCUAACAGAAAAGUGUAAGCUGGAAGAAGAUUUUCUGUAUAUGGCCUAUGCUGACAUUAUGGCAAAGAGUUGCCACGAUGAAGAAGACGAUGAUGGAGAAGAAGUAAAAAGCUUUGAACACGAUAUUAUCAAAGAUUUAAGCAACAAAUUUGUCAACAACGUGGAAAACUCUCUGGAAAAAGAAAUGGAGAAGCAGAAACUUUUAUACCAGCAAGCAAGACUACACGACCGUGGAGCAGCUGAAAUGGUUUUGCAGAUGAUCAGUGCCAGCAAAGGUGAAAUGGGUCCAAUGGUGGCUGCUACAUUAAAACUCGGAAUUGCCAUUUUAAAUGGAGGAAAUUCUACAGUACAACAGAAAAUGCUCGACUAUCUAAAGGACAAGAAGGAUGUGGGAUUCUUUCAAAGUCUAGCGGGUCUUAUGCAGUCAUGCAGUGUUCUAGACCUCAAUGCAUUUGAAAGGCAAAAUAAGGCAGAAGGUCUUGGGAUGGUGACAGAAGAAGGAUCAGUCAUCACUCAUGAGCGUGGAGAAAAAGUGAUGCAGGAUGAUGAAUUUACCUGUGACCUUUUUCGCUUUCUUCAGUUGCUCUGCGAAGGACACAACUCAGACUUUCAGAAUUAUUUAAGGACUCAAACUGGAAACAAUACAACUGUCAAUAUCAUAAUAUCUACUGUUGACUACCUCCUGAGGGUUCAGGAAUCAAUCAGUGACUUCUAUUGGUAUUACUCUGGAAAAGAUGUCAUUGAUGAGCAGGGGCAACGCAAUUUCUCCAAAGCAAUUAACGUAGCCAAACAGGUGUUCAAUACCCUCACGGAAUAUAUUCAGGGGCCAUGCACAGGAAAUCAGCAGAGCCUUGCACACAGCAGGUUGUGGGAUGCAGUGGUUGGAUUUCUUCAUGUGUUUGCACACAUGCAAAUGAAGCUGUCUCAGGAUUCCAGUCAAAUAGAAUUGCUGAAAGAAUUAAUGGAUCUGCAAAAGGAUAUGGUAGUAAUGUUGCUUUCCAUGCUUGAAGGAAACGUCGUUAACGGGACCAUUGGCAAACAGAUGGUUGACAUGCUGGUAGAAUCUUCCAACAAUGUAGAAAUGAUUCUCAAGUUUUUUGACAUGUUUCUUAAAUUGAAAGAUUUGACAUCCUCUGAUGCUUUUAAAGAGUAUGAUCCGGAUGGUAAAGGAGUUAUAUCAAAAAGGGACUUUCAUAAAGCUAUGGAAAGCCACAAGCACUAUACACAGUCAGAAACAGAGUUUCUGUUGUCUUGUGCUGAACCUGAUGAAAAUGAACUACUAGAUUAUGAGGAAUUUGUUAAGAGGUUCCAUGAACCUGCAAAAGACAUUGGCUUUAAUGUGGCUGUCUUAUUGACUAAUCUUUCUGAACAUAUGCCCCAUGAUUCUCGGCUUCAGACUUUUCUGGAAUUGGCAGACAGUGUCCUUAAAUAUUUUCAACCUUUCCUGGGUCGUAUUGAAAUCAUGGGCAGUGCAAAACGUAUUGAGCGAGUCUAUUUUGAAAUCAGUGAAUCCAGUCGGACACAAUGGGAGAAACCUCAGGUGAAGGAGUCAAAAAGGCAGUUUAUAUUUGAUGUUGUGAAUGAAGGAGGAGAAAAAGAAAAGAUGGAGCUCUUUGUGAACUUUUGCGAGGAUACAAUUUUUGAAAUGCAAUUAGCAGCACAGAUAUCAGAAUCAGAUACAGGAGAGAGAUCUGUGAAUAAGGAGGACAGUGAAAAAAACAAACCUGAAGAAGAUAAUCCUGAAAACGGAUUCUUCUCUAUUACCACCAUCAGAUCAGCACUUUUAGCAUUAAGGUACAAUUUGAUGGUGCUUAUGAAGGUGCUUUCUAUGAAAAGCCUUAAAAAGCAGAUGAAGAAGAUUAAGAAGAUGACUGUGAAAGACAUGAUCAUGGCUUUAGUCUCUUUCUACUGGAGCAUUUUAUUGGGACUUUUUCAUUUCACAUUUAGUGUAUCACGUGGCUUCUUUCGUAUCAUGUAUAGUACAUUCCUUGGAGGAAGUUUGGUAGAAGGAGCCAAAAAAAUUAAAGUGGCUGAUCUUUUAGCAAACAUGCCUGAUCCCACCCAAGAUGGGGUUCGUGGAGAAGGUGAAGAAGGUGAGAGGAAGCAGUCUGAACCAUCAUUGCCUUCUGAAGAUCUGGCCGAUUUAGCUGUUGCUUCUGAUGAUGGUGACCUUCUGUCAGACAUUUUUGGAUUAGAUUUAAGGCGAGAAGGAGGACAGUAUAAACUAAUCCCACAUAAUCCUAAUGCUAGUCUGAGUGACUUAAUUACUGCACCCUCUACGCCUGUUUUGGUAACCUCACCUGAGCUGCGAAGACGAAAUCAGGGGGAAUCAAGCAAAGAAGAUGAGAGAGAAGAGAAAGAAGAAAAUAAGUCAGAACCUGAAAAAGCAGAGGGGGAAGAUGGAGAAAAAAGAGAAAAGCCAAAAGUAGAGAAACCCAGUCAGAAGGUUAGAAAGCGUCAUUCACAGAAGUCAGAUGAAAUUGAAAUUCAAGAAUCAGCAUUUUUGAAGAAGAUCAUUGCAUACCAGCGAAAAUUGCUUAACUACUUUGCACGAAAUUUUUACAAUAUGCGGAUGCUGGCUCUGUUUGUGGCCUUUGCUAUCAACUUCAUUCUGCUUUUUUACAAGGUCUCCACCUCAUCAGCAGUGACAGAAGAGAAGGAGCUUAUGUAUAGAAGCCCUGCAGAAGUAAAUCCACGAUGGAGUGCCUUAGGAAGCACAUCCCAUAAAAUGGUGACUGUGCACUAUGUAUUAGAGGAAAGCAGUGGCUACAUGGAGCCCACAUUAAGAAUUCUUGCCAUUCUGCAUACAGUUAUUUCAUUUUUCUGCAUUAUAGGCUAUUACUGUUUAAAAGUACCUUUAGUCAUCUUCAAACGUGAAAAGGAAGUUGCUCGGAAACUGGAGUUUGAUGGACUUUACAUCACUGAGCAGCCUUCAGAAGAUGACAUCAAAGGACAGUGGGAUAGACUUGUAAUUAAUACACAGUCAUUCCCAAAUAACUACUGGGACAAAUUUGUGAAAAGAAAGGUUAUGGAUAAAUAUGGAGAAUUCUAUGGACGUGAUAGAAUUAGUGAAUUGCUAGGAAUGGAUAAAGCAGCUCUUGAUUUUAGUGAUGCUCAGGAGAAAAAGAAACCAAAGAAAGACAGUUCACUGUCAGCUGUGUUGAACUCAAUUGAUGUUAAAUAUCAAAUCUGGAAGCUAGGUGUUGUUUUUACAGAUAAUUCCUUUCUUUAUCUUGCCUGGUAUAUGACUAUGUCCAUUUUGGGACACUACAAUAACUUUUUCUUUGCUGCUCAUCUCCUGGAUAUAGCCAUGGGAUUUAAAACAUUACGGACUAUAUUGUCUUCAGUUACUCACAACGGGAAGCAGCUUGUAUUGACAGUUGGACUCCUGGCUGUUGUUGUUUACCUAUAUACUGUGGUAGCAUUCAACUUUUUUCGCAAAUUUUAUAACAAAAGUGAAGAUGGAGACACUCCCGACAUGAAGUGUGAUGAUAUGCUAACAUGUUACAUGUUUCACAUGUACGUGGGAGUUCGCGCUGGAGGAGGAAUUGGUGAUGAAAUAGAAGAUCCAGCUGGAGAUGAAUACGAAAUUUAUCGUAUUAUUUUUGACAUCACCUUUUUCUUCUUCGUAAUUGUUAUUCUGUUGGCUAUCAUUCAAGGUUUAAUAAUUGAUGCCUUUGGUGAACUGCGUGACCAGCAAGAACAGGUGAAGGAAGAUAUGGAGACUAAAUGCUUCAUCUGUGGGAUUGGGAAUGACUACUUUGAUACAGUGCCCCAUGGCUUUGAAACACACACUCUGCAGGAGCACAACUUGGCAAACUAUCUAUUUUUCUUGAUGUAUCUUAUCAACAAAGAUGAAACAGAGCACACAGGCCAGGAAUCAUAUGUUUGGAAAAUGUAUCAGGAACGCUGCUGGGAGUUCUUCCCAGCUGGAGACUGCUUUCGCAAACAAUAUGAAGACCAGCUCAAUUGAAAAAGAAAUCAAAAAAGAAAAGACUUUUUUUUUCUUACAGCAAAAACAUGAAGGUUGAGAACCUUCAAACUUCCUUUGGAAUGCUUUUGACACUUUGUAAAUGUAAAAUACCUGUAAAUUAUCCACUGUGUCCUUUGGAGCACAGAAGCUGUGUUUUGAUGAAUCAGUGCUUCAUCUAUACAUCUGCUUUAAAACCUUCCAUUGAGAAAAGAAAUGACAAAAAUAGAAAAUAAUUUGAAACUAUCUAUAGAGUUACAGAAAAUGUUAUUUUUAGAGCACAUCUGUAUGAAGGAAUUUACCUUGCUCAUCCUAAGUGUCUUUAUUUCUUCAUCAGGAAAGGUAAUGUACAUUUUGUAGAGUAUAGAAUAGAUCUGAUUAUGGUUUAAGGGCAGAGAUGGGGAAAUAGUGCCUUAAUAAGCAUGGGUUGAGCUAUGCAAGUGGACAUGGAUUGAGUGCAUGAUUAUGUCACAAAACCAGUUAUUGUUAAAGUACAGAUUUUCAGUUUAAAUGCUGUUGGCGUGUGUGUGCCUGUGCGUGUAAUCUCUGUGUGUGUGGGGUGUGUGUGUGUGUGUGUGUGCACGUCUGCGUGUGCGAGUGAGUGAGUGUGUGUUUGUGUGUGUGUCUACAUACAGGUGUGAGGUUAUCCAUAUCAGGCUCAUACAUUAUUCUCUGGUAUUUUGCUGUUUCUUAUUUUGGUAAUGCUCUUAUGCAAUACAGCAAUGGAGUUGAUCUUUUUAGAAAAAAAAGAAAAGAGACAAAUAAAAAAGUUGUUUCAUUGCAUGUUUAUUAUGCAAGUUUAAACAAAAAGAAAAUAAAGACGGAAGGUGGUCAACGUCACAUAAAAUGUUUUAUAGAUUUAAGAUUAUUAAUAUCUUUAUCGUAAAAUAAAUACAUUUAAAAAAGUGUUGUGGGCUUUAUUGUAAAUUCAAAAAUAAUGUCAUCAGCCAAGAAUGCAUAAAAAUAUAAAAUGUCAUUGUUGUCUCCUAAUUUUUAGGCAGAUGUGAUUUAAAUAUUGUAGUUGAAGGAUUAUUUGUUGAUUCAUUUUGAUUGAAGCUGAAGCAAUAUCCAUUCAGGGAUUUCAUCAGACACCACUGUAAAGCUACAAUGUGUAGAACACUCCAUUUUGGAUUGUCUCCAACUGUAAUGCCAAUCUUUGCAAAUAAAAUAUUCUCAAUAAAAUGAUCUGGUGCUAUUCUGAGCUCAAAGCCAUGCGAAAGGUGA